AUGUCAGGCAAAAAAGUUGUCGAAUUCAAAGGGAGAGUACUCUUUCUUCACGGGUUCACUCAAAGCUCGUCGGUGUUUUAUGCAAAAACCUCGGCCCUCAGAAAAAAGCUCAAGGCGUUGAAAUACCAAGCAGUUUACCUCAAUGCGCCACUAAAGCUCACACCAUCGCAGCUCCCGUCGUCUGAUUCGCUUUCAAAAUUCAAUACUGUGGCUGCUGAACCAGAUGAAGAGACAAAUUACCGUGCGUGGUGGUUUAGGGACAACAAUGGAAAGGUGACCCUUGAUCAUGCCAUCAAUGCCGUUCGCCAGUACAUUGAACAUGGUACGAUAAUCGAUGGAUCUCCCGAAGACCAAAAGAUCAAGGCAGACCUUUUUUCCGAAAAUGAUGAUAUAGGCAGUUCAGGAGAAGCCAACCUUGAGAACUUUGAAUCAUCGAACAAGAGCGAGCUCCCUCCAAUUGUUGGAAUUAUUGGCUUUUCUCAGGGCGCUUGCCUUGCAGGCGGUUUGGUGGAUCAGUUCGAAAAGAUGUUUGGUGUUCCUCUCAAAUUUGCCGUUCUAUACUCCGGGUUUAAGCUUGAUACCACUUUGAUGCCCGAGUACAAGUCGCUCUACACCUCCGAUGAUGGCCAAUCUACAAACGCGAACCUAUUACAUGUCAUUGGUGAGCUUGAUACCAUUGUGGGCGAUGAUAGGGCUUACACUCUUUACGAUAUCUCGAAGAAAAAUUCUCAUGUGCUAAAACACCCCGGUGGCCACUUCGUUCCAAACUCAAAACUUUUGGUCAACCAAGUCACAAACUGGAUCCAGUCGGUCGAUGUAGAAGCAGAGAGAAAAGAGAAACAAGAGACCCAGUCUAUAGAUGACGAUCUUCUUGCUGCCUUUGACAAACUUGGAAAUUAA